CUUUUUUACUAGUUUUUAUUUUCUUUUCUUUUUCUUUUUCUUUUCCUUUUCUCUUUUCUUCCUCUUCGCUAAUUCUGUUUCCCUUUCCUUUCCUUAUUUUUCAACAUCAUGGAUCUUUUGGAUUUGGAUGGACAAACCGCACCAGAGUCCACUCACGGUCUUUUCGACCCGCCCAUGAUUAAGAUGCCUGGGAAACCGGGUGACACAGCAAGGCGUUCAUCGUUGGAACUAUCCGGUGGCUCGAGUUACUAUGACAAGAGUCAGCAGCAACGAAGUAAAUCAGCUUACGCGCCAUUGAACCCUAUCGCGCAUCGUCAUCGAAGCGCUUUACAUACUGUGAACGAAGAGGAAGAUCAUAAACGACCCGUGCAUGGAUACGAUACGGGGUUUUAUGAACCCGCUCUUUCUGGAUUGGGCGUGCGCAAACAAAGGGUGUCGGUGGCCAAUUUCAACAAUUUUCCCAUGACCCAAACGCAACAUUCCUCGGUCAACUUGGGAUUGGAAAAUCAAAGGCGGUCGAGUUUCCUGGAUUACAAUCAGCGCAUGGGAUUUGCUGAAGAUGACGACGAAUACAGCAUCUCGAGAGCCGACGCUUUGGCCGAAGCCGAAGCCAAAUUGACAGGCGCUUACCAUAAUCGGCCCACCGAUGAAGAUCGUCGCUACCGAUCUUCUUAUCACGAGGAACAGCAGAAGCAUAAUCGUCGAUUGUCCGAACCAAGCACACGCUAUCAUCAUCAUCGUUACUCUGAUCAAGAUUACAACAACGAUCGACGCUCACUUCACUACACAAACAAGCGGACCUCGCUGCAAUACACGGCAUCCUAUGACGCCACCACCAACAAACCCGGUCAUCGUCAAGCAGGUAAACCUACCAGUUUAAACCUUGAUAUUGCCAAACAACAUCGCUCCUCUCGCAACUAUAAUGAUUGGCGAGCUCCUUCCUCUGCUUGGUCGACAUCUCAUUCGGCCAUUCCGUUGGUCCCUUUCACACCGACACGAUUCAGUUUCCCCCGUGACGAAGGAACCUCCCAGCAACGACGCGCUUUAUUUACGGCUCAUCUUCCUUUCUCCAGUCUUGUGCCUCUAUUGAAAUCGCAUCAACUAGUGAGCGGGAUUCUGAGGGUGAAUAAGCGAAAUCGAUCCGAUGCGUAUGUGUUUUGCGAAGAUUUCAAUGCCGAUAUUUAUAUCUGUGGAUCGCGCGAUCGAAACCGAGCUCUGGAAGGUGAUGUGGUGGCGGUACGUCUUGUCGAGGUCGAUAAGGUGAUGCGUGAAAAGCAAGAAAAGGAAGAAGCCAAACUAGCCCGUAACAAUGGUCAACCGGUGUUGCGACGACCCGAUGAAGAAGAUGAAAAAGAAAUCAUCUUUGGUGGCGAAGAGGACAUUGAUAAAGUCACUCCACGUUACUGCGGGAUCGUGGUAGCCAUCCUCGAACGCGCUCAAAAUCAAUUAUUCUCAGGAACUCUCGGAUUGAUGCGCCCAAGCAAUAAGCGUCCAAAGAGCCUUACGGAAGGUGAGGAUGCCCAGCAGUCAUCCACAAAAGAAUCGUCUCCGCGUAUUAUCUGGUUUAAACCUACCGAUAAACGAGUGCCUUUGAUUGCUAUCCCUGUUGAACAAGCACCCAAAGGGUUCCUGGAAAACAGCGAACAAUUUGAAGACCGAUUAUUUUUGGGAUCCAUUAAAAGAUGGCCUAUCACAUCACUGCACCCGUUUGGUAUUCUGAUGGACGAACUGGGGCCUGUCAAGGAUCUUGAAGUACAAUUUCAAGCCAUUCUUGCGGAUAACAAUUUCUCGGAUGACCCAUUUUCAGAAGCUGUCUUGCAAUGCUUGCCGGGAUUGCCGUGGUCCGUAGACCAGGAGUCACUACGUGGCCGAUUGGACUUGCGCGAAACACGCUGUUGGACCUUGGACAGUUUGGAUACUGGAGAUUACGAGAAUGCGAUUUCAGUGGAAACCAUUGCUGAUAACAUCUAUCAAGUCGGAUUCCACGUGGCGGACGUCUCUGCGUUUGUCACGCCUCAUUCAGCUAUUGACAAGGAAGCCCGUUCUCGUGCUACAGCGGUUCGACUUCACAAAUCGGUCCCCUUGUGGCCAGAAGAACUUCGAAAGGGAUGCACCGAAUUAUUGCCUCAUGAAGAAAGAUUCGCUUUUUCCGUAAUUUGCAAGUUCAAUGCUUCGGGAGAUCUCAUCAAGACGGAAUAUGAAAGGACCGUGAUCAAAUCGCGAGGAAUUCUGACGAUUGCGCAAAUGCAGAGGAUCUUGGAUGAUGGUGUGGUGCCUGAUACGUUGAGUGACGCUGACACGGAAUCCUUGGUGCACGAUGUCAAGAGACUAUAUUCCAUUAGUCAAAAGUUGAAAGACGCGCGUCGUCAAAAAGGCGCCCUGUUCUUGGAGGAACCGGAAUUAUCCGUAACGUGGUGCGAUGGACAACCUAGCAAGAUUGCCAUUUUGCCUAAAAUCCGAGCAAACGAGAUUGUCGAAGAGUUCACAUUACUUGCGAAUCAAAUGGUCGCACAAAAGAUCUCACGUCACUUUCCAGAACAUGCUCUUCUACGCUCACAAUCGCCCCCCAACCAUCGUAAACUUCGUGAGCUUGUGCAAUACCUGCAAAACCUCGGUUAUCAAAUCAAUCCCUCGUCGUCGGGCACACUACGGGAAUCCAUUGAUGCCAUUACGAAUGAUGCGGCAAGAUCGGUCAUUACAGCCUUGGUACGAAAGACCAUGAACAUGCCCAAAUACUUUUGUACGGGGGUAUUUGAUAUCAGCCGAUAUCAUCAUUACGGAAUGAAUGUACCACUUUAUACACAUUUUACUUCACCUUCACGACGUUACACGGAUCUUAUCGUGCAUCGACAGUUGGAAGCGGCCUUGAACGGAGAGAAACGGUUUUACAUUGAAUGUGAAAUGAUUCAGAAAAUGGCACGAUAUUGCAAUGUCAAGAGUCAGGCAGUUUUGAAUGCGCGGGAACAGAUGAAUCAUUUGGUGAUGAGCCGUUUACUCAAUCCUUCCAUGACGCAUGAAGCGAUUGUGGUGGGAGUGCAAGAACAGUCGUUUGACGUAGUGGUGCCGACCUUGGGAUUAGAGAGACGCAUUCACGUCAUUAACCUUCCUUUGAAAUCCGCGAUUUUCAGCGCCGCCGACAGUGUGUUGCAUUUGUUCUGGACCCCCGGAGUGGCGACCUCGGAUCGAAUGGUUGAACAGCGACCCUACGACGAUGAGUUUUGUAAUACGGUCAAUGGGCUGUCGAUCCAGCAUCAAGAAACGUCCUCCCCGGUCAGUGAGCCGGUGAAACGUCGCCCUCGGUCGCUAUCGCUGCGAGCCAUCAAAGAUCAGCAACAGGAGGUCACCAUUGCCGAAGAGUAUCGACAAAUUAUUCGUCCUUUUGAUUACGUACGCGUCGUUAUCACAGCCAACCCUAUCAGAAAUCCACCCCUCAUUCGGAUUUUGGCGGCUAACCCAUUUGUAUAAUUAUAUCGAUCUUUUUUUUUACUUUCUUUUUUCUCCUUGUUCGCGUGAAAAAAAAAAAAAAAAUAUUUGUUUUUCUACUUUCGUCAAGUCUUUAUGUUUUUCUUCUUGUAGUAUUCACAGAUAACCCGCUCUAUUGAAACCUCUAUUCUGUCUUUCUCCGUCAUUUUAUCAUCGUUAAAUCUCUUAUAUCUCGCGAUUCAAAAUCUUUAGGGAACCGUUCCGUAAGAAGAAAAAAGAAUACAGGAAUAUAUUUGGAAUAAAAAAUAACCAGAAAGGAAGGUUAUAAUUGCUGAA